AUGCGAAAGCAAAUCUACGAACAGGAACUUCAGAAAGAACAAGAAGCAAAACAACGUGUUAAAGAUGAUCUUAUGAGUGCGCUGCUUCAUACGGAAGGGAAUGUCGAUCAGGUAUUGAAGAAAAGUAUCGAAGAUCUGGAGAAACAACGGAAAGAAGAAGUUCAACCGAUUCUACCGAAUAUGAUCAGGAGAGAAGAAGAUAUUCUAAGUUCAUUGGCCAACGAUCAGAUUCAACAUAGACUGUUUGAAUACACACCACCAACAUAUGAUCAUCAAGGGCCGCCUGUUCCCGAUCGAGCAGAUCUCGAGCAGCUAGGCUAUUUGGAUAACGUUCGUCAAGAAAGACCAGUUGAAAGAGCCGGUGGUUACACGCGAGAAUAUCCAUGCUUACGUGCGAUUCAAGAAGCAUUCGAUAUGUUAUUAUUUAUUGAUCUAAAAUUUGUCAUAAAUAUGCAAUUAACAUUACCUCUAUCAUUGAAAGGUAUAACCGAACUCAAUCGAGAUGAGUUCACUCAAACAAUUCAAGUUCCAUACGUGAAUAUUCCUGGCGAACAUAUUCGUUCGUCGAAAUGGAAAGAUUAUUUACUUACACUACAUUCAUUCAAGAAUGUUCGUGAUCUAGAAGGACGAUUCAAACAAGUUCUAUUCGAUCCUGACAUAAUCAAGACAAAAAAGGACAUUAUUGAACGCAUUCCAUCGAUCGAAGAGUUUGUUGAACAAUCAUUUGAUUUCACACAAAUUUCAAUCACAUAUGACAAUUAUACCAUUGAACAAGUGAUCAAAGCGAUUAUACCAGACGAUUUAAUAACCGAUAAACGAGUUAAUACUGGAUCGGGUUAUAGUAUUAUUGGACAUAUUGCUCAUUUUAAUCUUCGAGAUGAAGUUUUACCGUAUAAGCAUAUCAUUGCGCAAGUGAUACUUGAUAAAUUAGUAAACGUUAAAACCGUUGUGAAUAAAUUACAUGAGAUCGAUUCUGUUUAUCGUAAUUUCGAUUUGGAAAUCAUCGCCGGUGAAGCAAAUACCAUUGUGCAAUGUCGAGAAAGUAAAGCAACAUUUCAAUUUGAUUUUGCUAAAGUCUACUGGAACCCUCGUUUGAGUACUGAACGCGAACGUAUUUUUGAAAUUCUUCGUCCAAAUGAUCUCGUUAUCGACGUGUUCGCUGGAGUUGGACCGUUUGUUGUUCCUGCAUCGAUGCUUGGUUGUACUUCCUUUAUAUAA